CUCCCCCCCAGCCUUCCCUUUCAGCUUUCUAAUCUUUCAAGCCUCUCUAGUACCAAACCAUUUUUCAGCAAUGUGUAGGAGGGGGUGAGUCAGGGACAGAGUGCAAGGGAAGGGACUUUUCUCUCCUCACCGUGCCUCUCUCUUUUCUCUGUUUUUGGAGAAGUCCAAGUUUUGGAAACCGGGAGGCACUUUAGAGAAGUUGAGUGGGCAAGUUUGUGAUGAUAUAUUGAUACAGAUUUUUUCCUCUUUCAAUGUUGCUUCAGCAGCCAGAGCAGAAGGACCAAAAGUGGAGAGGGAAAAUCAGGUGCAAGUUUUGAAACCCUUUUUAGGCGCAACAGCGUGGGGGGAAAAAACAGUGCUGGGAGGAACAAGUGAAGCCAAGCCUAAGUGGGAAAUUUGAAGGAAAGAACAUUCUCUUGGCACUGUUUUUUUGUGUGUGUGUGUGUGUGAUACGGACAAAUGUUUCGAGCCGGGAAAUUAUUCUGAAUUUCCACGAGUUUUAGCAAGUUUUUUUUUUAAACUUUGGAUGCAUCAUCAGUCAUUCUCCUGGGUGCUGACUUCACUGUAGAUUUCGUCACUUGUUUUUUGGAUUUGACUUCCACAACAACUUCACUUUCUUCCUUUUAACUUCUCAGCACAUUUGGGAGUCCCCUGUCUCUUUCUGGGCCCCUCUCCUUCUGCGAAUGUGCCGCUAGAUUGUGUCCGGAGCUGGGAUUUGUUGGGGUGCUUCGAUUUUUGGAAAAUGGGUCAUCUUGGCCAGUCUUUUCCCUCCUGCCUGCUGGCUUGGUGGAUUGGCAUCAUCAGUGCCCAAGAAGCUGUGUAUUUCCAAGAGAACCCUUCAAACCUGACAUCCUCUUUGGGCAAGGAUGUUAAGCUCUUGUGUUCUGUCCUUGCUGUUGGUGAGCCGCCUGAGAUCAGCUGGUUGCGGGAUGGUGCUGCCCUGGAGUUUGCCGACAGUAACCAGGUGCAGGUGCCCCUUGACGACGAAGAAUGGAUGACCACCAGUGAACUGAGCAUUCCUUCUGUUCAGCUCUCGGACAUGGGAAACUACCAAUGUGCAGCCUUGGUGAAUGGAUCCGAAGUCCUCUCUGAUGAAGCCUACCUGCAGCUGGAAGGUCUUCCUUUUUUCACCGAGGAGCCCCAGGAUCUCGAGGUCACAGCCAAUACCCCUUUCCACCUAAGCUGCAGUGCUCAGGGUCCACCAGAACCAGUACGGGUGAUCUGGCUGCAAGACAGUGCCCCCCUCAACUCUUUGUAUGAUCCACUGGCCCGGACCCCUUCCAUGUUGUCUGUGAGAGGUCUGAAUCACAGUGCUUCGUUCUCAUGCGAGGCCCACAACGAUAAGGGAGUGGGCACAUCUCGAACUGCAGUUGUGACAGUGGUACCUGGACGGCCACGUGCCUUAUUCCUUGUGCAUCGCAGUGACCGCAGCUUAGAAGUGGCGUGGGAACCAGGGCCCAGUGGUGCCUACGCUCUGGAGGUCUGCACCAUCCAGGCUGUGCGCUCAGAUGAGGACCUCAGCACUGUUUCCGACAGGGAACUCUAUAACCAGAACCUCAAUGUGCCCCCCUUCAGCCACACCCUGGAUGGUUUGACCCCCUUCACCACCUACCAUGUCCGUGUGUCCUGUCGCUCUAGAGAGGGUAACUCCCCUUGGACCCACUGGGUUGCUAUGGAAACCCUGGAAGGAGUGCCUACAGCUGCGCCAGAGAACAUCAUGGCCAUUCAAAAUGGCAGCUGCACCGUCAUACAGUGGAGGGAGCUGCAAGGCGACAUCAACGGAAUCAUCCGUGGAUACAAGCUUGUCUGCCAGAGUGGCGACUCUCCUGAGGUGGUUGUGGAUGUGGGGCUGACCAAUGAGACGGUAUUGACCCUGAACUCAACGGUACAAAAUCUGACUGUGCGAGUUGCAGCCUACACACAGGCAGGCGAUGGGCCCUGGAGCAAGGCCAUCAUGAUUUCCUCAACAGAUUUUGACAAAUUUCUACCACAAGCCCAGCCAGUAGAACACUCUGCCCCCGCCUUCUCCUGGCACUGGUGGUAUGUGGUGAUUGCUAUAGCCACAGCCUUUGCUGCCGCCGCCUUCAUCAUCAUUUUCCUGGCGCGGAUGAGGAGAAAGGAAACCCGCUAUGGAGAAGCUUUCGAGCCCAGUAUGGAGCAGGGAGAGCUGGUGGUUCACUACCGUGUCCGCAAAUCUUACAGCCGCCGUACCACUGAAGCCACUUUGAACAGUCUGGGCAUUAGUGAGGAGUUGAAAGAGAAGCUGCGAGAUGUCAUGAUUGAUCGUCACAAGGUGGCACUAGGGAAAACCCUUGGUGAAGGAGAAUUUGGCUCUGUCAUGGAGGGGCAACUCAGCCAAGACGGGGCAGUCCUUAAGGUUGCUGUCAAGACUAUGAAGAUUGCCAUCUGUACCCGUAGCGAGAUGGAAGAUUUCCUCAGUGAAGCCGUCUGCAUGAAGGACUUUGACCACCCUAAUGUCAUGAAGCUGAUUGGCGUCUGUCUACAGAACACAGAGAGUGAAGGAUACCCAUCCCCUGUUGUAAUCCUGCCCUUCAUGAAGCACGGUGACCUGCACAGCUUCCUCUUGUAUUCCCGGCUUGGGGAAAGCCCAGUGUUCCUGCCCACUCAGACGCUGGUUAAGUUCAUGACGGAUAUCGCUAGCGGGAUGGAGUAUCUCAGCAGCAAGAACUUCAUACAUCGUGAUCUUGCCGCCCGCAACUGCAUGCUCAACGAGAGCAUGACAGCUUGUGUGGCUGACUUUGGUCUCUCUAAGAAGAUCUACAAUGGUGAUUACUACCGGCAAGGACGGAUCUCCAAGAUGCCUGUCAAGUGGAUCGCCAUUGAGAGCCUUGCGGAUCGCGUUUACACCAUCAAGAGCGAUGUGUGGUCAUUUGGCGUUACUAUGUGGGAGAUCGCAACGCGAGGCCAGACGCCAUAUCCGGGUGUGGAAAACAGUGAAAUUUAUGACUACCUGCGCCAAGGCAAUCGCCUCAAACAGCCAAUCGACUGCCUAGAUGGCCUAUAUGAGCUGAUGAUGAGCUGUUGGGCCCUCAACCCGCGCGACCGUCCGAGCUUUGAGAUCCUGCAUCAGGAGCUGGAGAAGAUCCUCAAGUCUCUCCCACCAGCCAAGGACCCGGAGGAGAUCCUCUACGUCAACAUGGAUGACGGAGUGGCCCCUGGAGAGGCAGAGCUGGGUGCUGUCGGGGGCUUGGGCCCCGAGGAGGUGCCCACCAAGGAGAGUCAGUCACUGAAGCCCAUGGUGACGGCGGCCGAGGUCCAUCAGCCCCAGGCUGUGGGCCGCUACGUGAUGUGCCCCACCCCGCACGAGAGCAGCCGGCUACUGACUGACACCCUCAGCUGUGCUGCUACUGAGGAAGGGGCUUGAGCAGGGCAAGGCAAAGGCAUCUGAGGUGUGGCAGGGGGUCAGUUGCCAGCAGCCCAACAGAUGCAAUCCCCACAAGGUUUGGAAGCACCCCCAUCUAUGAAGGGAGGGGAGUCAUUGGGUACUCCACAUGCUAAGACAUCCCCUCCCCUUUCCCAUAAUGAACCACUACGCCCACUUUGCCAACCUGUCUUUCCCUCCAUGGUAUACCAAGGGGCUGCCUUCCCUGAUCAACCCUUCCAUUUUACGGAGGGAUGUCUCACGCCCACCAUUCUCUCGGUACAUGUAUUGGCAUUCCUGCCCCAUACCGCCAGCCUGAGGCCAGAGGCAUACUCUAGACUACAGAGAUUAGAUCUGUGUAUGUGGGGGGCAGGGGAGUCCAUCUCAGGUUACAGGGAAACAGGGUCCCGGGGGGGGGAUACAGUGGGUAAUCCAACAGAGAGGUGGUUGCCCAUUCCUCUUCCCCACAUGAAAGGGAACUUAGCAAUUUGCCCCUCCCGUUCCUUCCCUCUACAACUCUGUGGUCCACAUUUUAAGCUGGCUACCAUUAACUAAUGGCACCAGGAUUGUUCUCUGUGUGUGUGUGUCUGUGUGUGUGUGUGUGUGUGAGAGAGAGAGAGAGAGAGAGAGACCCUGCUCCUGUGUCAUUUUAAUGUUGGGCCUGAUGUACAGUGGUUGAGCAGGUGAAGCUUUUCCUAGCACAAGGUUGCUGUUUUGGGGGGAAACUUCACAUGUUAAAUUUCUGUGCUGUUAAAGAUGCAGGAGUAGGGCCCAGAAAAACAGAAGUUGCAAUCCUAAUGACUGCUUUUGGUAUAGCCAGCUGAGAGCAGUUUGUGCCUUUAUCCUCCCAGGUCCUUCUCAAAACCCUGUUGUUUCACUGCCAGCUAUUUCACUGCCACGUCUCCCAGGUUGCAUUUAGACUAGCAGAGGGUUAGUUAUACAGAGGCUCUAGAGGGCUCACAUCAGAAGGAACUGACUGCAGUCAUUUAGUAGCAAAGGGAAUGUUCUCAGUGUGUGCUCAGAUGCACGUUUCUUUGUUGCCAUUGCUUCUCAGGAGCCAUCCCUGGCAUUUAAAACUGAUUCCAGUGGUUAAUUCUGGCUCAGAUUUCAGCCUUAUAGACUAGUGAACACUUUCUUUUCUGUGAACAGCACCACAUUCUCCUCGACACUCUUUGGGACUUGGGAACUAUUAGAUUUGCCAGUUAACAGGCUCUCGGGGCCACCUGCUUAACCAUAGCUGAGUUGUGCAGUUCAGUCUCCUAGGAACCCAUUUGCCCUGGGGCAAGGAUCCUGCAGGGCACCUGGGUAGCUCAGAGGGGUCUGAAAGGAUAAGAUUGCAUUCAAAGAUCUCCUCUCUGGGGGAUUAUUAUAGCAUAUUUAAGAUGGGAGAAGGGAAUAGGUUAGCCUUCAAAUCUUCACAUCCAACUUGGCCAGAGCCUGCCUAGUAGUAGUGAGGUUAGCUAACAAUGCUAGAAAUGAGAAGGAUGGCCCUGACAAAGACUCUUUGCCUUUAACAGCUGCAGGCAGAAAUUCAACAGGUGUACCUUUCCCCAUUCCUACAUCUCUAUGCUGGGAAAAGCCCUACCUGCUGAAUGUCUGCCCAUCAUAGAUGUUACAGACUCUGCCUAAUCACAAUCAGCCUAUCUACCAUUUGGAGCAAACAUUUCAACAAGAAUUUCCUGAGUUAUCCAGAUGUCUAAAGCAGGGCUAGCUGAAUAUAACUAACAAUGACCUCCUCAUGACAGUAUUAGUGGGCACAAUCCAGCUAGGAUUCCUUCUAUGCAACCUUCCAUUAUUUGAGUGGGGCCUGUAUGGCAAUCCUACGUAACGCCCCAUUGAAAUAAGUGGAGGUUGUACAAAACAGAACUAGCUAGUGGUGUGCUUUUUUUGUUAGUAUGUACCCACUUUGCACUAGUGCACAUGCCCACAACAUGCCAUCUCUCGGGAAUGCUUUGAUUUGGAUUCCUGCAUUGAGCAGGGGGUUGGACUCAAUGGGCUUGUAGGCCCCUUCCAACUCUACUAUUCUAUGAUUCUAUGCCAAAAAUCACUUUUUCCAAAACAUCACAGCUCUACAGAAGCAGAAAACAAUCUCUUAUUUCAGAGGCAAGCACUCUCCAUCUGUUCUAUCACACUCCAUAAAUCAGACAUGCCAACUGCAGAAUAUCUUGAUUAAUGAUAUUUUCAUCUAGAAGCACUGCCCUUGAAGCUUCCACAGUCUCUUACAAACCAGUAAUUUAGAGUGAAUUCACCAGUUCGGUUUUUGGACAUAGUAGUAGUUUUUUCUUUCUAACUUGGAUGGAGCAGAAUGGCUGACAUCAGUAAUCGCUCCGUAAUGGUUCAUUCCUUCUUAUCAGUUCUGGCAGCUUCCCAGGAAUAAGAGCUAGGCUGAGAGAUGGUAAGCUGACUGCAUGUUUUGGUAGUUUCAUACUGCAUGUCCAGUCACUUGGGAACACUUUGCAGGAAAAGAAAUGUCUGUGGACCACUGUCAACUCUCUUGAAACCAAUUGCCUGGCUCCAGCCUUAAACUAAAGGCCUUUCCGCACAGUGAUUUUUAUAUUAUUUUAUUUGCACAAUAAAUGCACAUUUGUUACUGAUUUGUUCUGCACAGUCCAUACACCAUUCCCUGUUGUCUGCAACAGUAGCGGCACUUUGCAGAAAGGCCAGCCUACCGAAAAGCCACUGCAAGCUUAAAACACUUCCAAACAUGCAUACUUCAAACAGUGAAACUGCGGUAGUGGCACGCUCAACUCGUUUUGUUCAUACAUUCAGGCUUCUCCCCAUGAUUGAAGUCCAGUUCUGUGUAUUUGAGGCAGAAGCCUGAAAUGCACUGGCUUGAUUGCCUUGUGAUACCACGAAACCAUAUCCCUUGGGAGCAGUUUUUUCAACUCUUGAGUUAAUUUCUUUUUUAAAAAAAGACGUGCGAAACCUAUGCUACAUUGAAUAAGUUUGUAAGCAGUGCUUAAUUCUUAGCCCCCCCCAACUGUCCUUAAGUUAAGACAGCCUGACUGAAGUGUGUGAGGGGAAUUGCAAGACAGACAAGUUGGUCAGUGUCCAAUUUGCUGAUCAGCAUGUCUGUCAAAACAUUGGGUAUAUUUUUUUUGGGGGGGGGAGAUUCUAGGUUCACUCCAUGGGACAGAAAAAUACAGCAAAUUGUAUUGUUGGAUACAUCUCUGAGCCUGGCUGGGAAAAAUUAGGCUGUGUUUGGGGGAGGGGAGCAACAGACGGGGAAAGAGUCCCACACUCCUCUCCUGCCAUUCCUUUGCUUUGCAGCUGUGCAGCAGACCCACAUUCUAAUGGGGUUUCUGGCCUUUCCAUUGGGGCCACCACCGUUGCUCUUUAGCUUCUAUGGGGAAAACGUAUCUUCUGUUUCCAAAGAAGCAGUUCACCUGAACUGGGGCCAUAGCUCAGUGACAGAGCGCCUGCCUUGCAUGCAGAAGGUCCCAGGUUCAGUCUCCAGGUAGGGCUGGGAGCGACUCCUGCUUGAAACCCUGGAGAGCAGCUGCCAGUCCGUGUAGACAAUACUGAGUUAUAUGGACCAGCGGUCUGACCCUGUUUUCAGUGGGCACAUUUCAGGUGUAAAAUCAUGUUUUCCAUUCUGCUUGCUGAAAGAUAUCAAUAUGAUGACCUGUCUCUUCUUUGGGUUGUGAAAGAAAAGGUUGAACGGGAAAUCUGCCACUUUCUGCAAGGACUCUGGAGGCCUGAGGGAGACUCCUCUCCCUUCUCUUGGCCUCCAAGCACAAUGCUGAAAUUGAGACCGAAGCCAACUCGCCACCUGCUGCGUUGAAGUGUAUGGAGAACUGUCAGCUAUUUUCCCCUUACAGAUUAUUAAUGAAAUGUUUAUAUAUAUAUAUAAAUGUAUAUACUUUUUUUAAAAAAAAAUUAAUGUAUAUGAAAUGUUUUUUCCACUCCCUUACUUUUGUACAAACACAUUUCCUCUCAGGGCAAGGUCUGUUUGUAGAAAGCAAGAGAGAGAAUGCUCUGUGAUAUAUUUUGCUUACAAAUAAAAACUUCCUUUAAAAAAAGGGGAAAACUU